AUGUAUGUCUCCAACUACACAGCUGCCGCUUCUGUGGCAGAUCUGCUUACCGAAUGGCCUCUUGCUCGUCUCGUCACACUCUAUAAGUGGUCGGGCAGGACGCAACAGCAAUUCUCGACUGCUGGUUCACCCUGCGCUGUACCGUCUGACGUCUGGCGACAGUCACGACCGGCAGCGCGACCGGGCCGAACGCUUAGUCUUGGACAUCGCCGUCGGCAACAGAGUAACAAACUUGUAGAACCAUCCAACAAGGUGGCCGGAAGAGCCAGUUCUCCGGGCCUGGCACUGACUUCAUCCUUAACAGGAAUCACUGAUGUUGCUGGUGUUUCUGGGGCAACUGGACCUUGCAGAGGCGCAAGCUUUGGGGGAGGAAGCCUUGGAUUCAACAUUGUCGGCGGUGAAGGUUCUGAAGGUAUCUUUAUCUCUCAUGUACAGCCUGACAAGCCUGCUGGACUUUCUAAGUGUGUCUUCGUUGGAGACCGACUCUUGGCGGUAAGUAGAGGACAGAUAGCUUGUGAAAGCCCGACCGAAUUAUUUGUUUUAUCUAUUAUAUAUGCAUAUAUAUUUACGUUUAAACAUGUAAAGCACAGGCUUAGAAAACUUUAA